AUGUCGGAACCGCCCAUAGAAGACACUAAGAAACAAGUUCCUAAGACACGUCCAAAUAGUUUGUAUUGGAGCAACGAUAAGGAAGAUAUAGGCAUCCAACGACUUCGAACUCAAAGAGACAGUAUACUUUAUGCAGGAAAGUACUCGGAAAGAUACAAAGAUUGCUUUAAACACGAACUGUCCGAGGAUAAGUUUCCUCUAACACUGAAGUGUCGCGAUACUAUGGACAUGUACAGAAAGGUAGCCAAAGGUGAAAAGAUGGAUCCAGCUACCACCAAGUUAGCAGCUGUAUCGAAAAGCAACGCUACUAACGAUCUCAAUAAAAGAGCUAAUACGCUUAUAGGUUAUAAACCGGUACCAGAUGGUACACACAGGGUUUCGAACCCUACCUCUCCUGCUAGUAGUCCAAAGACUUCAAAGUGGGUGAAAAAAUCUAAAGACGUUAAUAUCUAUAACGUUACACCAACAGAUGGGCCCAUUUCACCAACUUUUGCCCACAGAGAUCAACCAGUUGCAUUAAGUAACAUUUUAAAUAAUACCGAUAGCACUUUAGACCAUCUCCAAAACGUAGAAAGCAUCAUCAGCAAACUCCACGAGAAAGAAAAGAAAGAUGAGAAUUUGAAGAAGUUUGAGGAGUUACUGAAGAAGGUGAAUGGUCCUAAAGCCACUACUGCACCGAGCAAACCGUCUACACCUCAGUUUUUGAAAGAAAAACUGCAAAAGGAUGUGAUUAAAAAGCAAGGAGGGACCAAGUCCGUGGAUCAGUCCCAGGAGAUGAUUAAAGACCAAGAACAUAUCCUGAAUCCAAUGAAACAUUGUAGUGAAGUGGAGGAUUUGCAAGCGAGAGGUUUGAGUGAUGAGAGUGAGUCGAAUAGAGAACCUUUCAAAAGGGAUGUUAAGGAGAGGAAAAGUAUGGAUCAUGCUGCUAUCAAGGAGAAGAAGAACGUCAAUAAUGGCAGUUUGAGUCGGACUGCGUCCGAUGCUCAGAAAUUGCCUGCGAAGAAUUUCAAAAGGCGGGAAGCUAUCAGCACUAGGGAACGGGAUCGGAAUAGAAAAGUAAGUUUUUCGUAUUAUUACUGA